UCUCUUCUUCCUUCCUUCCUUCCGCCGCCGCCGCAGCCGCCCCCUCCCCGCUCGUCUCGUCUCGUCGAAGGGGGAUAUGGCGCUCUACAGCCGCCUCCUGCUCCUCCGUCGCCUCUCUCAUCUCCACCCAUCGCUGGCCCCCGCCAUCUCCUCCUCAACACCACCCACCCUUGCAGGGCUCCUCACCCCCGUGGGGCGCCGCCACCUGGCCUUCUCCACCGCCGAGGAGGCCGCCGCCGAGCGCCGCCGCCGCAAGCGCCGCCUCCGCAUCGAGCCGCCGCUCCAAGCCCUCCGCCGCGGGCCGCCGCCGCCGCGGGACCCCAACGCGCCCCGCCUCCCCGACACCACCUCUGCCCUCGUCGGCCCGCGCCUCAGCCUCCACAACCGCGUCCAGUCCCUCAUCCGCUCCGGGGAUCUCGACGGCGCGUCCCUCACCGCCCGCGCCGCCGUCUCCUCCCGCGUCCGGCCCACGGUCUUCACCUGCAACGCCGUCGCCGCAGCCAUGGUCCGCACCGCGCGCCACGACGACGCCGUCGCCCUCUUCGAAUUCUUCUUCCGCCGCUCCAACAUCGUCCCCAACAUCGUCUCCUACAACACCCUCAUCCUCGCCCACUGCGAGGCCAGCCGCGUCGACGCCGCGAUCCAGGUCUACCACGACAUGCUCGCCUACGCGCCUUUCUCUCCCUCCGCCGUCACCUACCGCCACCUCACCAAGGGCCUCGUCGCCUCCGGCCGCAUCCUCGAAGCCCUCGACCUCCUCCGCGAGAUGCUCAACCGCGGCCAGGGUGCCGACUCCCUCGUCUUUAACAACCUCAUCGCCGGCUACGUUGACCUUGGCGAUUGGAACAAGGCCUACGAGCUCUUCAACGAGCUCAGCGAGAGGUGCCUCGUCUACGACGGCGUCGUCCACACCACCUUCAUGGAGGGCUACUGGAAGCAGGGCAAGGACAAGGAGGCCAUGGAAAACUACCAGUCCCUGCUCGACAAGGGCUUCAAGAUGACGCCCGCCACCUGCAACGUUCUGCUCGAGACGCUCUUCAAGCACGGCAAGCACAAGGAGGCCAACGACCUGUGGGAGACCAUGAUGGACAACCACACCCCUCCAAGCUUCAUCGGCAUCAACGCCGAGUCCUACAACGUUAUGGUCAACCAGUGCUUCAAGGAGGGAAAGUUCCAGCAGGCGAUCGAAGUCUUCCACCGCCAGCCGAGGAAGAACGUCCAGAUGGAUGUCGGCUGCUUCAACAACAUUAUCGGCAAGCUCUGUGAGAACGGAAUGCUUUCUGAGGCGGAGAAGCUCUUUGAGGAGAUGGAGACUAAGUCUGUCCUUCCAGAUGUGUACACCUACAGCUACCUCGUCGUCUCAUGUUUCAAGGAAGGCCGUGUGGAUGAUACGAUGCAGUAUUUCUACAAAAUGGCGGAUGGGAGGGAGCACGGGCCAAAGUUCAAUAUUGGUUUCUUUAAUCGCAUGUUUGAAGGACUUACAGAAGCUGGCCGGAUUGAUGAUGCCUUGAAGGUGUACGGGAGGAUGCCUGACAAGGAGAUCAAACCGAACACAACCACAUUCGAGAUCCUUGUUAAAACCUUAUGCAAGGAAGGGGACUUGGAUCGAGCACGGGACCUGGUGAUGGACAUGGCAAGGGGUGGUGUUGUGCCCACCCCAGAGUUUCGUGAGUAUGUUGUUGACAUUUUCAAGAAUGCCGAUCGCCAGGAAGAAAUUGAGAAAGCUUUUGAAGAAAAGGCAGUGCCAACACCUCAGCCAAGGAUAGAGUAUCGCCCUUGCAGUUCACCGGUGCAGCAACCGCAACAACCAACAUUUAGUGCCCCUCAAAAUCAGCAGCCCAAGUUUGGCACAUCUCGUCCAUGGCAGUCAGGUUUUAGUGCUUCUCAAGCGCAACAGCCUGAGAAUGGUGCACCUUGGUCAUCACAAACUUAUGUUGGUUCCCCUCAGCCACCACAGCCACAGUUUGGCACUUCUCAGGGUGUACCAGGGUAUAGCCACAUAGGAAAUCAGCCACCACAGCAAGGGUAUGGUGCUUUCCAAGGUCACAAUAGUUUUGAGCCUCACCAAGGACAAGUAGGAUUUGGAACUCAAGUAGCACCACCUGCAUAUGGGGGUUCCCAAAGUCAACCCUCAUAUGGUACCCACUGGAGCCACAGUGGUUAUGGAUCACCCCAAGGGCAACUGGGACAUGGCGGUUCUCAAUGGUCGCCACAUGCUUCUAACGUACCACAUCACCAGGCAAGUUUUGGUAUGCCACAUGGCCAAAAUAACAACGGGUUUCCUCAUGCGCAAUCUAAUUUGGUAGCUCGUCAAGGUCAGACUGCUGUAGGUGCAAAUGAAUAUGAAUCAAAGUUUGAUGGUUCAUAUGGCCAACCAAGGAAUGGCAAAAAAUGAUAAAAUCAGAAGAAAAGAAAGGGGGAAAAUAGAGUGGGCAGGGAAAUGGCUGUGUAUUACAAGUUCAAAAGUGCCAGAGACUAUGACUCAAGAGGUCCGCAUUACCUCAGCUAAGCAUAACGAAAGUUGAUGCUUUUUUAGCUGAGUAUGCUGAUGAGGCUACUAUGAUACCAAAGAACACAUCAAUAUUGAUUCGGCGGAUACCAGGACGGCCAAGGAGGCCUAUUGUCACAGAACCUGAAGAGUACUGUCUUGAUCUUUGAUUUCAUACUUGUACACUUGGGAAUAUACUUCUUAAUUCUUGUUAGUGAUGCUCUAAGAGUUCACACCUUAUGGCUAUCUGCAAGGGGUGCUUUAAAUUUGUAUAUUUGAUUGAUCAUGCCACUGAAAAUGGUCUAUGACGGUAUUGAAGGCUGCUUAUCAGU